AUGAACACCAUGCAGAAACUUUCUUAUAAGGUAGAGCCAAUGAAUCAACUGACCGAGGCCAAGAAGGACGAGGAUGACUGGACUGGUACAACAGAUGCAAACGAAAGGAGAAAGCGACAAAAUCGUUUAAAUAUUAGAGCGUUCAGAAGACGCAAGGCACUUGAGGCAAAGUCCACUCCGAAAGACCAAUUCGUUAUAUGGAAGCCACAGCCCCGGCCUAACACUUCAGCUCAAAACUCUACAUCCAUAGCAAAGGCUCUGAAGCAGCAGCUCGCAAACAUAAAUCAAGCUUCAGAGGUACCAGGUUUAAUAUUCCCACUGCCUCUGGAUCACCUUCUGACACUCAUUCAAUACAAUGUCCUACGCGCCUGUAUGACGAACCUGUCCAUUCUAAACCUGCUUCACACCACUCCCACUGAUUGUCGCAACACUCUUAGCGCCCCUAUGUUCCCGGCACCUUCCACCAUUCCACCCUCUCUCUCUCCGACCCCUUUACAACUCAGCACUUCUCACCCCCAAUGGAUAGAUAUACUUCCGUGCCCGAAAAUGCGAAACAAUGCGAUGCUUACUUUCCAUGAAAUCGAUGAAGAUGAUUUGUGUAGGGAUCUCUGUGGAGGUCUUUUUGAAGAUUGUAAUGAUUUGGAUGAGAAAGGGAUACUGGUCUGGAAUGAUCCGUGGCAUCCAAGUGGAUGGGAAAUUACAGAGGGGUUUGCGAGGAAGUGGGGCUUCUUGUUGAAGGGCUGCCAUGAAAUAGUCGAGGCUUCGAAUAGGUGGAGAGGAUUGAGGAAUGAAGAUAGGUUAAUUAUCGAGGUUUGA